AAUAGGCAGGAAAAACAACAACUUCAAAAACCACUUCGUCCACCGACCCCUACAGCUGUCAGAGAUAGAACAAAUACUUCUACAGCAUUUGUUUCACCAAGUUCUCCACAUUUACCAAACAGAUCUUCAACGGUAAGGGACAAAAAAGGCGUAAGGUUAAACCCAACAGUUACGCAAAGAAUCAAACGAAAACGGCCACUCAGCGUAACAAUACCAGUAUCGAGCAGAAGAAAAUCGUUGCUGUCACAACGUAGACUUAUGUCGUUGUGUAGGCCGGUCACAAAAUUGGAAUUUCGUCAGCGUGCAUCACCACCGCUUCUAUCCAGAAGUGAAAGGAGUGUAGAUUCACUAUCAAAUAAUCAAGAAUAUGAGGACCAAAAGGAUAUUCGCCGAGUGAAAGAGCGCAUAUCUAAGAGUGAGGAUAAAUUUGAAAGGAGAUUAACAGCAACAGAAAAAAUCAAAUACGUUGAAAAGAAAGAUCAAAGCGUGCAGACAUCUGAACCCGAUUCUUUGCAAGUUAAUAAACAGUGGAAAAACUAUGAGAAUAAGCAAACAAUUAAAUCGUCACCAACCCCAACUCUCGAAAACGAAGCUUUAAAAAGCUUUCAAGAUCUUCACAAAAAUAAGUACUUAUCAAACGAAAGAAAAAAACAUGACAAAACAGCAUCAUCAAUCGAACAGCCUGCACCACCAACGAGAUCGAAAAGAACCCGUUCUCAGGCAGAUACAAAUGUGUCUCCAGUUCGGAGAGAUAUAGAGAAGUCCCCUUACCACAAAUUUUCGUCCGAUGAUUGCAGAGUUAAAGAAACAAAGGCAGAUCAGAAAAAACACGUACUUCAAGUAUUACAUCAAAAAAGUCACCACAGCAAGCCACUACAUCAAAGGGAAACAGAUAUUCCACCCCCAUUACCUCCUAAGCUCUAUCCGAAAGUGUCAUUGUCAAAAACCUCUAAGAAUACUCCCCCCGAAGUCCCAGAAAGAACGUAUAAAAAUAUAAUAGACAUCACAGACAUUAAAACUACAUCUCAUUCACCUUCAUACGUUUCAGAUCGAGGUAUGGUGGAAACUGUGCAAUCGGUCAGUGGCUUUCCUUCUCGUAGUUUACUCACAGAUGUUCCAAGUGAUUAUUCAUUGCUCAUGAGACGACACAAUAUCAAACAACAUUACUUCGACAGACCGAUCGUAGGUACGUCUCGUGAUGACGUUCCAGUGAAACACAGAAACAAAGGUGCGCCUGUACACGAAUCAGUAUAUUCAAGACAUGUAUCUGAUAUCAGAAGUAGAGGUUCAAAGUUUGAGCCAAGGGAAAGGAAAAAAUAUGAAAAUAUAAUCUAUGGAGAUAAAACUAGUACACCUACCAGGAAUUACAAAAGGCGAACUUUGAAAUCAUCAAGCCCAGAACACCGUCAGAGAGUUAAUAGUGAUUCACGAACAACGAGAGAGGAAGCAUCUUGGUUUGACAAUAAUAGUCUUUAUGUAGAUUUUGAACGAUCAUUCAGUUGUCCAGAGCAAGAACCUUUUCUAGAAUAUAGAAGACAAAACACCAGUUCUGGUAAAGUGAAAGGGGACCACAGUGUUUUAUCGACCUCAAGAUCAAAACAACCGUGGCCUGAAAGUAAAAAAGUUAAACACUAUCAAAAAUCAAACAGGGAACAAACUUUACAGAAAGAAUUUUUUGAUUGGUCAGAACUGCAAAGUGACGAAAGAGCAAAUCUUGGGAGAAGUGGUAAAUAUUCAGAUACAACAGUAGAGCACCUGAAGAAAAAACUUUCAAAUCUUAGUGAAUCUGAAGACACUGACGAGCUUUUGAACUUACGCAAGAAUACAGUUGACGAGCUGAAGAUAUCUCUGGACGAUAGUUACACCAUGGAAGACAUAAUAACUACUGAGAACGAGAAACAGUCUACCACAGAAAGACAAGAACCACAGACAACAGAAGGAACAGUUUCUGGAACUAAAAAAGAAGAUACCAAAACCUUGGAAGGAUUUGGUGAGCUUGGUUCUUCAGCGAGUAUGUUUUGUUCUCAUUCGUCAACAUCUUUCUUUGACUCCUCAGACGAGUCGUACGACGAAGUAGACGGAGAAGAGGUAGAUGAAAAGGAAAAAGAGAAAAUAAAAAGAGAAAAGAAACUCUAUCGUAUUGCUGAAGAACUUGUAACUACAGAAGAAAAAUUUGUUUCUUCUUUACGACUAUUAAACGAGGAGUUUAGGAAGUAUGUUAACAAAGCAAACAAGAUGAAUGAUACACCAAUUAUACCAGACGAAACUCUAAAUCAGAUAUUCCGUCAUCUUCCUGAGUUACAGAGGCUAAAUGAGAAUUUUCUUCAGGAGCUUCAAACUAGACUGAAAGAAUGGUCAGAAAAUCGAAGAAUAGCCGAUUUGAUCAUUCAGCACGGCCCCUUCCUGAAAUUGUACUCUGCCUACAUUUGUGACUUCAGGAACAUGUCUACUGUUUUGGAAGAAAGUAAGAGAAAAUACCCAAUGUUUCAAGAAUUAGUGCGAGAAUUUGAGGCACUUUCUCUGUGUAAAUCUUUGUCAUUAGAACAUUACAUGCUAAAACCGAUUCAGAGGAUUCCACAGUACCGCCUGUUUUUAGAGAGAUACAUGAAAUAUCUACCGAAUGAUAGCACUGAGUAUGACGAUACAGGAAGAGCUUUGGAUAUCAUGACUAAAGUUACUGAACACGCUAACGAAUUCAUGAAGCGUGGGGACAACUUUGCAAAGUUGCUAUCGAUACAGAACAGUAUAUUUGGAAAUUUUGAGAUUGUCAAGCCAGGAAGGAUUUUUAUAAAAGAAGGUGAACUAUUGAAGUUAUCAAGAAAAGAAAUGCAACCACGAUGGUUUAUCUUGUUCAACGAUUGCUUGGUGAGCACAACUCCGAUUCAACGAUACCUUUACGUAAUUCAUCACAAACUUCCUCUAACUGGGAUGAAAGUAUCAAUUCCUGAACAACCGGGAUAUCAGAACGAGUUUAGUAUCAUCACUGUCCAGCGUUCCUACACAAUAGUUGCCAGGUCACCUGAAAUCAGGGAAGACUGGAUUAAAGCAUUAUCUAAAGCUAUCACAGAAAACGCUACUAAACGAAGAUCUUUUCUUCUGGUGAAAGAUGAUGAUGAUGAUAUGGAGGAUGAAGCUGAAUCACAUCUAAAAAUUGGUAACAAGGCUCCAGUCUGGGUCCCAGACAAGAGAGUGUCAAUGUGCCAGAUAUGCACUAGAGACUUUAAGGUCACGUACCGCCGACACCACUGUCGAGGCUGCGGCAAGGUCGUAUGUUCUGCUUGCUCAGCAAACAGAUAUCCUUUGAAUUACCUCCACAACAGAAUGGCCAGAGUUUGUGAGAAAUGUCUCGUGGUCUUACAACAAGAAUCCUCGCAAGAACAUCUGUCGAGACCCAGUGUUACGGAAAAAUUAGAAGUUUCACCAAGCUUCGGUUCUAGCGAAGUUGACAGUGACUGUCCUCUCAUGAACUCUAAAAAGCAUGUCAGAAAUAGACCUUGUGUUCUGAAAGAGGUACCAGCAAGUGAUAAAGAUAUCACCAAAAAGGGCUAUCUGUAUCGAAUGAGACAGAAUAAGAGCUGGAAAAAAUACUGGUUUCUCAUUAAGGAUAAAGUGUUAUACAUGUACAGAGCCUGCGAGGACGUAGCUGCACUGACCAGCCGACCGUUACUAGGCUACUCUGUGGAGAGGCUGACGAAGCUUCCAGAAAAUGAAGAAGAUGCUGGAUGUUUUUUCCAGCUGACCCAUAAAGGUCAACUUCCAGUCAUUUUUCGUGCAGAGAACCCACAGGAAGCCGACAGCUGGAUGAGUACCAUGAGGAAAGCAACAGUAAUCGAAUGACGUAAACCCCAUUAAAGUAUAGACUAAAAAAAGAAGGCAUAGGAAUACAUGUACAGUAUAAGAGGAUUACUUCUACGAUUGGCCUCAGCAGUUUUCCAUGUAAUAAAUUUUAACAAUAAAAUAUAAGAACAAACAAUACUAUCAAAAAUAAAUUUGAUCAAUGUUUUUUAUUUAAUAUUCAGAUAGUUAUAUUUGUAGAUGAAUAUAGUUAACAAAGAUUUCGUUUUUCAAAAAGUAAUUCUGUUAUCUAAAUGCCAGAUAUUGUGACAAUUAAGUUAAAAACAUUGAAUAGAAAAGAAUAUAUUAUUGUCAUUUAAGUAAAUACUAUUACAAAACUAAUUUACAGUGUAACUGCCGCGGAAAUAGUACUGCAUCAAUUUUUAUUAUGUUAUAUACAUUAAUGUCACAUAUGGUUGAAUAUCAUUUACGUUCAGAUUAAUCUUAUAAUUUUCAUAGAAAUGAUUAACGAAGUUUCAGAAUUAUUAAAAAGGAAAUAUAAAAGUAACUUACGAAAGAAACUGGUAUCAUACGUGUAUUUUCAAUUCAAGUAUUUAUCUUUGUAAUUUAAGCACAGAUUAUUAAAGUUUAUUUUGUAUCCAGAAAAAUAGGUUGAAUAAAAACUGCUCUGACUAGUCGUUUCAAAAACAGAAAUGGAAGAGAAAAACCAGAUCAAUAAAUUAAAAUUGUCAAUUUUUUUUCUUUAAAUCAUUAUUUUAAAGGUUAAAUGGAUGUUAUGUACAGGACAGUUGUUUUUUAAUCUGACAUUGGGGUUUUCGGAAGAUAUAAUUUUAUUUAUUUGGUAAUUAUAAAAUGUUAGAUGCCAAGAUGUUUCUUGUUUAUUCUGGUGAUGGUACUUAUGUACUGUAGAUCACCCACGAUCUAUAUGUAUUGAUAUAGCUUGACUGUUUAAAAAGAAAGCGAAAACCCUUGAUUCUGUUUUGUCUUAAUUCUCAACAAUACUUAAUCUUAACUCACUUAUACUAUGAUUGUUUUACACUGAGUUUUCGUUCAUUGUAGAAUAUGUCAAAUUUAGUUAUCUUUAUUUUGUUACUGUUUAUUUGACAUUUCAGUUACUCAGCUCUGGCUAAAUAAAAUAUUCGACAAAAAUAUUAAAAGGUUUCAAAUGAAAAUAUAAACCUUUCUUAGUUCACAAAUGCUUCAACUUUUCUGAGUUGAUUUUCCUAUGCUAAUUUAUUAACCACUGUGUUAUGGUCACCAAAUAUGAGUGCUGUAGUUGAUUUUUACUAAAGAUUGCUUUUGGAUUGUUACAUCUGACGCUUUGCGAGUCACCAGUCGGUUUGCUUUCAACAGUAUAAUCUUCACGGUAUUUCAAACAAAAAAGGAAUUUCACAUAGACUGGUGAGUGUAAAUACGGGCCAUCAGCUUCCAUUAAACUGAUAUAAAACGUAAUGAGAACUGAGAUGAGCUUAAUAAAACAAAAAAUAAAUAAAGAAAAAUGUACAGAAAAUAUGCGCUACAUGUGCGAAACAAACGUAUUUCUAUGACAGAAAUGAACGUUUCUGAUUCUCUCAUUACGAUUUCUAAGAAUAUUUCGAACAAAAAUGAUUAUUAAACAUUAUAGGAAUAGGUAGAUUUUGCAAAGAUUAUGAAAAUAUUGCCCAGUUACGGAUUUCGUUUAUCAUAUACCAGCGUAAUAGUUUAUGCAUAUUUCAGAUAAAUUAAAUGUUUAUUUUACAAUUGUGAAAAAGGUUAUCCACAAUGCAAUGCAUAUUAUAUUUUUUCCUAAAAUAUCGAAGGAAAGGAUAUGUAAAAAUAUUUGUUUUUGCCUAAAAAUACAUUUAAGUUAACUUAUUCGGACUUUCAACGUUUGCUCAACAUAAUUUCCUUUUCUUCUAAUAGCAAGUUGUAUUUUACCUUUUGUAGUAAAAAAAUAAUAAUCGAAACGUUCAAACUGAAGAGUAUUUGUUUUUGAUAUUUCAAAUUUUCAAUUGUCAUUCACAUUUCAAUGAAACAAAUCUUUAAACACAAGUAUUUUAAGCUAAAUUUAUUUUUAAUGAUGUUUUACCAGUCAUAAUGUAUUAUAAAUAGUUAUGUAUAUUAUCGAUGGGUAGUGUUUCGAGGGAAGGACAAUAUGUUUUUCCUAACCAGACUUUUGUUUAUCAAAUGGCCUCAGAAAACCACAUAAUCACAAUAAAUGAGUACACGUCGAUGAAUCCUAGAGGUACAAAGUAAAAUGUUAUUAAAUCCAGUUCAGAUGUUAAAUUUUGACGAACUUUUCAACAUACUCUAAUUAUCCAAUAACUAAUGAAUUUUUAAUCAUGUUAUAAAUAGGUAGAUGAAAAGAUUCAACGUAUAUUUGUGUUAGUAGUAGUACAGGUUGUGACUGUUUAAUACUACUAUAAUAGAAAUGGAUUGUUAUUUAAUGUUUUUAUGAAGUACACCAGGUAUUUAUUCCUCGUAUUUACACAUUACUAAAUAUAUUUUUUGUUAAAAGAAACGUACUUCUUAUUACUUUAAGAUAAAAAGUUACAUAUUCAAUCACAUUCUUCGACACUCAACGUCAGACGUAUAAAGUGGCAAAGUAUUUAUUUUAAAUUCAGAUUAUGGUUAUUUGUUGAAAUCUUGAUUUCUGAAUUUCACUUCUACUUAAAUGCUAUUUAGUUAAUGAAAUCUCAGUAAUAACGAUAUGAAGAGUUAAAUUAUCGCUCUAAUUUUAUUUGUUUAUACUGAAUCUGAAAAUAAUAUUAUAUAUAACGACAGAAUAUUGGAAAUAGGUAUGUGAUUGAAUACGUUAGACCUAUCGUUAGUUUGUGUCAGCUGUUAUUUUGAUCUGUAGUAAUACAUUACUGCAGCAUUAAUUCAAACAUUCAGAUGAAUUUUAAAAAUUUACUCUUAAUUUCAAUAUGCUAACUAGCAAGGCCUUUUGAAUAAUCUUCUGUUGUCCAUAUUAGUGUAUUAUCGGGCAUAUUGUAUCUGGUGUACAGAAGUUGAUAAUCCUUAUAAAGGCCUAGAUUUCUGUAAA